UCUUUUGUAGGAAUAUGAAAAUACUCUUUUACCUGGUCUUCCUAUUGAAGUUAAAAAAUUUGAUAAGAAAUCAGCUCAGGUAUUCUCUAGUCUAUUGAAAGAAGAAAGUUAUCCUCACUUUGAGUCAAGACUUAUGUUAGCUGGUGAACAGGGCACUGGGAAGACAACUUUAGCGAGAUAUCUUGUCGGAAAACAGCCUACAAGAGUCAGGAUUUCAACCGAUGGGAUAGAAUUAUACAAUGGUCUUUCAUAUAUGGACCGUGAAUCAAAGAAUUGGCUUGGUGGACUUCAAGAGUUCUCCUUAGAAGAAAUACUCGUAAGCAGAUCGCUUUUGAAAGAAGAAAACAUAACGAAACAAAAUAAAUUAGAUGAUACACCACCAACCAGUAAAGAUAUACCAGUCGACGCACACACGGUAUCAUUGCCGGAAAGCAAUAAAAACCUAAGACGUGAAUCAAGUGACCGAUUGACUUUCGAUACAACACGAGAAAUGUCAGAACAUGAUGUUGUAUACGUUGACGAUGACGAGUAUGAGGCAGGCAUACAAGAACGACAGCCUAGUUCAGAAAGUCAGAUAGGUUCACAGAUAACGUACAUGAAAAGAUCAGACGAAUCUGAAAAAAGGAACAAGCAAGUCCUACAAGAUGUUAUAACUGAGCACGACACAACUGAAUCCUCAAAUGACGGAGACAGUGGUGAAGCUUUGCCUGAUAAUGACGACCUCAUUGAUGAAUCAGAUGGUGCUAGUGCGAAGUCAAGUCUAACUAGUGAGAUGCAUAUACAUACUGUUACUAAAUCUGGAGUUAUCAGAAAGCUUAAAAAUCUGUUUGGGGUUUCAAAAAAAGUCAAAGAAGUCAAAGUGUCAAUUUCAAAAGAAAAGUUUUUAAAAAUGUCUUCUAAAGUUGGGAAAAAGCAGUUGCACAACAAAAAGAUAGCACCUAUAAUUAUCUGGGAUUUUGGAGGGCAAGAUGUUUUCUAUUCAACUCAUCAGACAUUUUUAACAUACAGAGCUAUUUACAUGAUUGUAUUGGAUGGAAGUAGAACACUCGAUGACCCCUGUCCAGAUGAACAGUAUCUUCCAGGAAAGAGUGCACAGAAAACAGCAAGGGACUAUUUGCUAUUCUGGGUCAACACAAUUGUAACAUACUGCAAGGGAAGUAAUCAAGGAUUUCCCAAAAUUAUGGUUGUUUUAACGCACAAAGAUCAGGUAAAAGCUCACGAAGUUGAAGAAAGACGGCGUGACAUAUUUGCAGAAAUCAACAAAAUGUUUCAGCGAACACCACUAAGACAACAUUUGGUUAUUGAUGAUCAGAUAUUUGUCAACGCUAAAGACAAAAAUGACACAGAAAUGGAAACGAUACAGAAGAUAAUCAUCAAAGAAUCCGAGAGGCAACCAAACUGGGGGGAACUUCUUCCAAAAUGCUUUAUCCCUUUAGAGUUAGAAUUCGCCUCGCUGAUCAGACGCAACAUUCCUCUGAUUACCCUAGAGCAUCUGAAGAAAAUAAACGCAUUGCAGCCCAUUAGACCUCUGUCAGAUGAUGAGUUGAAGGUAUUUCUAAAGUUUCAACAUUCAAUUGGCAAGUUAUUAUACUUUGAUGAACCUAAAUUGAACGACCGAAUUAUUCUGUCUCCGACCCUUCUCAUCGAUGCAUUCAAAUCCAUUGUAACAGACAGGCGCUUCUGUAAAGGAGACAGAAAAAGAGAAGACAUAUGGGAUGCAAUGGGAACGAAAGGAGUGGUAUCAAAACACGCAAUACAUGAAGUUUGGAAGAGGAAGAAAUAUGAAAAGUUUCACAAAGACGAAGAUUACUUAUUAAAUGUCAUGACCCAUCUGGAUAUAUUGGUAGAGCCAAAGAGAUAUGAUACUAACAGAACGCGUAUACCUGCAGACUUUUACUAUGUUGCAAGUAUGGUACGAGCUAGUGAUGAUUCCGGAUACCUUCAUGCAGCCGACAUCACACAACGAAAUAUUGCCAUAGCUUUUCAAUCGACAUCAAUGAUGAUACCUCCUGCAUUAUCCUUCAGAUUUAUAAGUUACUGCUUAUCUGUCUGGUCGGUGAAGAGAUACGGAGAGAUCAACAGGGAAAUGCUGUUCCACAGGUCAGGAGUGUUCACUAUUGAUCCUUCCUUGGAUAUGUAUAUUCUUUGUGAAGAUGACAAGAUAACGGUCCGUCUUGUUCAUGCCAGAACAAACGCACUCAUAAUGAGGGAUCUUGCUUCCAGUAUCAAUGAAUGUUUAACAUCAGCCUUAGAGAAAAUAAGUCAGCUGUAUAUUAGAACAAGUGGCGAUCAGAGCCAUUCCAGUGAUGCAUCCUUUGUUACAAAUGUAUGUUGUAGCUCACCAGAUAAGCCAUGCAUCUUACCAUUCAACAACCUUGCACAAGUAGGAAAAAUAUGGAAUUGCCCUAUUCAUGGCAUUGAGCACAACAUACACACGAUCAAAUCGUGGAUACCAGGAAAGGAUGAAGACAGAUGUGAACCAGGAUGUCCAGUAACAAAUGACGAGUUUUUGAAAGAACAACCAUCAGAUCUUCACUUACGACGCUUAUCAUUAGUAUAUAAUAGAAAUGAAACUCAAGAAUUAGCACUACAGUUAGGAUUGACGUCAGCUGAUUUUGACAACCUUUCACGCACUGAGGAUUCAGAGACGUGGAAAUUUGAAGUAUUCAAAAAAUGUCGGGAUAGAUUUGCAUUGACAUUUAGGAAUAUCAGAGACGCAUGUGAAGCUGGCAAAUUUGGGAAUAUCCAUAGAUUUUGCAAGCUUGUGAAAGGAGUUUAUAUUGAUUUUGAUACUGAACCCGAGAAGUGGGAUCUGGUACCUACAGAAGAACACAUUGACAGAUUAGCUCCAUUAAUUGGGAACAACUCUCUUCAGUUUCUUAUCGAACUAGAAAUGGAAUUCAAGACGUGGGAACAGAUAAUGUACAGGCACACAAUUGAAAGAGAUUUGGUGAAGCUUAACAAAGAUAUUUUAGAAGAAUGGAAAACCAAAUUUUGUAAGAUGCACAGUCUUAAACCAACUUUGCGUAAAAUUGCACAGGCAUUUAGUAACAUUGGCAAACAUAUACAAAUUGUUGAAAACACAUUAUCAGACCUGUUAUAACUUUGCAACCAUGCCAGUUGUAAUUUACCCUGUUUCUC